AUGAGCCAUUGCUUCUUGUUCGACAUUCAUAAGCUGUGGCGAAGUGACCAUUUGUGCUUGCACGACCAUUGCAUCCGCGUUGAUCACAUUCUCAUUGCUAUUAUUAUUACUAUACGUUUCGUGACAAAACGAAUCAACUGCAUUGCUCUCCUUGAAAUCCAAAUAAGCAAUGCCGUAAUCGCCAUUGCAACUAUUGGAAUACGACGAGAUUUGUGGGCCCGGCCCAAUCAGCAAGUCCGCUACAUUAUUGUAUUGGGCCGGGCGGGGCCAUGCCUAAUUGUAGCUCCGAGAGAUAUUCAGUUGUGGCAGAAAUUUCCUGCUGCUGUAGGCGAGUUGUUGGAGAACUGCUUGGAGUUCUUCCUCGGCCAUCUGGAUUUGAUAAGUGAGUUGUUGUAUCUCGACAAGACAGCCGUAUACAGGGUACUUGUCCCGCAUGGCAGCGUGGAAUUUAAUGGACUUCAUGGCCAUGGGCUUCUGCUCUGGGCUGAGCUCCUUGAGGAGGUUCUGGAUGUUUUUGACCCCGAACAAUCGAUGAACGUACUGAAACAUUUUCGGCUGGUCGGCUGGGAAAAAUGGGGCGAGGAGGCAUUCUGGGGUGCAUCUCCGGCGUUGGCGGCGCAAGCUUGGCCGGUGCCGUUUUUGAGUGUCAUAAUGACUUCUGUUUUCGAGGAUGCAUUUGUUGUGGGGGGAGGAAAGAUUGGUGUGGUGUUUGUUGUGCUUUUAAGACAAAUUCAGCGGAUGAAUCAUACUUAG